AUGCUUCAGUCUAUCAUUAAUCCCCCGGCUAUGAUCAGGUCAUUGCACAUGCCUCCUAGGAUUCCCCAAAAUCUCUUUUGGGAGCACACUCGUGAGCCCUACAAGACUUUUCCGCAUCACAGUGGCCCCGAACACGAACGCCUCUUAAAAGAAGAACUCCUCGACUAUACCCCUUAUCGAAACUGGAAAAUUCGACAUGGCUUUCAGGACGCUAUAAUGGUUCGUGACUAUAAAAGACGCAUGGUUGCCGCCCAUUUUGCGCCGUUACGCGUUCGUCUCAACGCCAUUCGGAAGAAUACGAUUCUUCCUAAAGAUAUUCGCGACACGGCUUCUGUACAGAUCCACUCACUACCACGCGACAGCUGUUUCACGCGUAUAAUGACGCGUUGCGUUGUCACAUCCCGCAGGCGGGGCUGUAAGACUCGUUGGCGUGUCAGCCGAAUCAUCUUCCGCAAUUAUGCGGACUACAACCGCAUGUCGGGGGCCAUCUGGGCAGUGUGGUCGCACGAUACGGAGUGCACACGUCGACACAUGGUAUGGCCACCGCCGGCUGGCACCUCUACCACAGACUACAUUGAAAAGUAUCACAAAAACCUCAGCGACUAA